CUUCGUACAUUUGUGGAGUCAUAAGUUUACACCAAAACAAACAACAAAAUGUUCAAACUUGCUGUGAUCCUUGUUUGCGCUGCUGUUUGCAUGAGCCCAGCUGUUGAAGGAGCUGCCGCAGGAGUUGAAGCCAGUGCUUCCCCAGUCGAGACCCUUAACCCAGCCCUCAUCGAUUUAUAUGGCUAUCAAAUUGGAUCACCUCUAUUGACUCCAAACAAUGGUCCCUGGACCUCAUUGUUGGGAGCUUCAAUGCCACCACGCACUUACAUUGGCCAAUCUAACCCAGUUCUUGUACGUACUCCACUUAGCGAUCACUUUGUUGGUGAAUCAUCCAUUGGCAUUAUUGCUAUGUAAAUUGUUGUAUUUAUUAAUAUUGCAAUUGGAGAAGUUGAAAAUAGGGCAUUUAAAAUGUGCUUACCGAAAGAAAAACCUUAAUUCAGUGAAAGAUUCAUGUUAGCUAUGCAUAACGUGAAACUGAAAAAGUACUUUUAAGUUGUUAAUAAAAG